UAAAUUACUGUCAGCAGUUAACCAAUGGCAGGAGCCGUUUCAUCCGCUCCACCAGGAGCAGGAUCAAAAGUGAGCCUUUUCUGAUUGCUGCAUAGUGUCAAUUGGCCAAUCUCUUUUCCCAGGGAGGAAAAAAAAAAAGUAAAUCAAACCUUUGAGAAGCAUUUGCUGGUGGAAGUGCUUUCCGUCUAGUGAGGGGGGUCUGUGGAUUUUCUAGUUUAUGAUCUAUAUAGCACUUUAAAAGCCAGGGCCGGGGGGCGAUUAUUCUGGUUCUAGAGCUAUGCAGUUAGAGCACUGUCUUUCUCCUUCUAUCAUGCUCUCCAAGAAAUUUCUCAAUGUAAGCAGCAGCUACCCACAUUCGGGCGGAUCCGAGCUUGUCUUGCACGAUCAUCCCAUUAUCUCGACCGCUGACAACCUGGAGAGAAGUUCACCUUUGAAAAAAAUCACCAGGGGGAUGACGAAUCAGUCAGAUACGGACAAUUUUCCUGACUCCAAGGACUCACCAGGGGACGUCCAGAGAAGUAAACUCUCUCCUGUCUUGGACGGGGUCUCUGAGCUUCGUCACAGUUUCGAUGGAUCUGCUGCAGAUCGCUAUCUGCUCUCUCAGUCCAGCCAGCCCCAGUCCGCUGCCACUGCUCCCAGCACCAUGUUCCCGUACCCCGGCCAGCACGGACCGGCUCACCCUGCCUUCUCCAUCGGCAGCCCCGGCCGCUACAUGGCACACCACCCCGUCAUCACCAAUGGAGCCUACAACAGCCUCCUGUCCAAUUCUUCGCCUCAAGGCUACCCCGCGGCGGGCUACCCUUACCCCCAGCAAUACGGGCACUCCUACCAAAGCGCGCCUUUCUACCAGUUCUCCUCCAGCCAGCCCGGGCUGGUGCCCGGCAAGGCUCAGGUCUACCUGUGCAACAGGCCACUCUGGCUGAAAUUUCACCGGCAUCAGACCGAGAUGAUCAUCACCAAACAGGGAAGGCGCAUGUUUCCUUUUUUAAGUUUUAACAUUUCUGGUCUCGAUCCCACGGCUCAUUACAAUAUUUUUGUGGAUGUAAUUUUGGCGGAUCCCAAUCACUGGAGAUUUCAAGGCGGCAAAUGGGUUCCUUGCGGCAAAGCGGACACCAAUGUACAAGGAAACCGGGUUUACAUGCACCCCGAUUCCCCCAAUACCGGGGCUCACUGGAUGCGCCAGGAAAUCUCUUUUGGAAAAUUAAAACUUACAAACAACAAAGGAGCUUCAAACAACAACGGGCAGAUGGUCGUUUUGCAGUCUUUGCACAAGUACCAGCCCCGCUUGCAUGUGGUCGAAGUGAACGAAGACGGCACCGAGGAUACCAACCAGCCAGGCAGAGUUCAGACUUUCACCUUCCCCGAGACCCAGUUCAUUGCGGUCACCGCCUACCAAAACACCGAUAUUACCCAACUGAAAAUAGAUCACAACCCCUUCGCCAAAGGCUUUCGGGACAACUAUGACACCAUCUACACGGGCUGCGACAUGGACCGGCUGACCCCGUCGCCCAACGACUCCCCGCGGUCGCAGAUCGUGCCGGGCGCCCGCUACGCCAUGGCCGGCUCCUUCCUGCAGGACCAGUUCGUCAGCAACUACGCCAAGGCCCGUUUCCACCCGGGCGCGGGCGCCGGGCCGGGCCCGGGCAGCGACCGCAGCGUCCCGCACACCAACGGGCUGCUGUCCCCGCAGCAGGCGGAGGAGCCCGGCGGCCCGGCGCCGCAGCGCUGGUUCGUCACGCCGGCCAACAACCGGCUGGACUUCGCGGCCGCGGCCUCGGCCUACGACACGGCCACCGACUUCGCCGGCAACGCCGCCACGCUGCUGUCCUACGCGGCGGCCGGGGUGAAAGCGCUCCCCCUGCAGGCGGCCGGCUGCACGGCGCGGCCGCUCGGCUACUACGCGGCCGCCGACCCGUCGGGCUGGGCCGCCCGCAGCCCCCCGCAGUACUGCGCCGGCAAGGCGGGCUCCAUGCUGUCCUGCUGGCCCAACAGCGCGGCCGCCGCCGCCCGCAUGGCCGGGGCCGGCGGGGGAGCCGGGGGAGGAGGCCCCGGCGGCGGCGGAGGAGGCGGCGGAGGCGGCGGAGGAGGCGGCGGAGGCGGCCACGGCCACCCCUACCUGGGCGAGGAGGCCGAGAGCCUGGCCGCCGAGCGCUCGCCGCUGCCCGGGCCCGAGGACGCCAAGCCCAAGGACCUGUCCGACUCCAGCUGGAUCGAGACCCCCUCGUCCAUCAAGUCCAUCGACUCCACCGACUCUGGGAUUUACGAGCAGGCCAAGCGGCGGCGGAUCUCGCCCUCGGACACGCCCGUGUCCGAGAGCUCCUCUCCCCUGAAGAGCGAGGGCUUGGCCCAGAGGGACUGCGACAAGACCUGCGCCAAGGACAUAGGCUACUACGGCUUCUAUUCGCACAGCUAGACUCCCCCCGGCCGCCCCAGCCCUCCCGGCCCCCAGCCCACCUAUAAAUACUCAGACGCACCGCCCCUCCUCCUCCUCCUCCUCCUCCUCCUCCUCCUCUUCUCUUCCUUCUCCCCCCGUCCUCCUCCUCCUCCUCCUCCUCCUCCCACGCCCACCCCUCCGUCCCUCUCCCGUGCCGUCCUUUUGAUUUCGUUCCUCGUCCUCUCGUGACCUCCCCCUCUCCCCGGCCCCACCAUCACCAUCUUCAGUGAAUAAAUACAGACAGGUCUCCGGAUGUGUUUUUAACCUUUUUGCACAGCAAUCUCUGCAGUUAGCGCACUGAUCUUCAGCUUUAGCUGUACAUUCUCUUCUUUUUAAUUUCCCUCCCCAGUGAAGAGUUUCCUCCCUAGGUGAAUCUCCCCCGUCUCUCUCGACUUUUCAGUCUCCGCACUCUCACUCUCUCUCUCUGUUCUCUCUCUCUUUCUCUCCCCCCAUCCCUUCUGACUCUCCCACUCUCUUCUUUCCGACUCCGACUUUUCUCCCUGUCACUCACACUCCUUCUCCUCUCCUCCCCCCUCUGUGAAUUGUAAUGAAAUCCGUCACUUUUAGGAGAUCUGGCCGGUCCUUAGCCCUGCCAGUCAAGGGCCAAGCAGAGCAGCAAUUCCAAUCCAAUUUCCAGUCCCAUUUCUCUAUUUCCCCCCUCCCCCCCCCCCCGACUCUGCCCUCCACCUCACCCCCUCCACCCUCCCACCCACCCCCCCCGAUAAGUAGGAUGUCGACUCUAGAAACUGGGACCAUUCAGCGCUUCCUUCCUUAUCCAUGAAUGGAUGGAUGGAUGGUAGGGAUGUUAAUAACGUUAGUGGAACAAAGCCUGUGAAAUGCCUGUACAUAGUGUUAAUUUAUUGUAACGAAUGGGUAGUUUUUAUUCUUAUCGUGAAGACACAAAACCAGUUCAUGCUUAACUUUCUCAAUUCUUUUUUUUUCCCGAGAAACGGUUAACUAUAACUUAAGAGGCUCCGGAAAUGUGAAAUGGCCAAUAGCUCUACAGCAGUGAGUAAUGGGUUUCUCACUUCCCUGCAAUCCCUCGCAUGGAAUAAUUACUCUGUGCCCUAGGUGCACACAACAGCCAAGGCGACCCUACCCAAGCUCCCGGAAAGAAUAGAAAUCUGUUUUUAUAGGGAAGUCGAUUAAGUGGCUCGACGCCUCCAAAAAGCGAAGUUAACUGAAUUUGAGGUUUUUUUUUUAUUUUUUCUAAAUCGAAUAUCUCGACAUCAGCAAUAUUAUUUUGCCUUAUUUGUUUUUCCCAAAGUGCCAAAUCCAUUACUGGUCUGUGCAGGUGCCAAAUAUGCUGACAAACUGUUUCCACAUUUCUUUUCCGUCCCUCCCCCUUUAUAUGCUGUAAAUCUUUGUAAUGAAUAAUCUACAAACGAUAUAGAUGAUUGAAUUGUUGGUAACUAUAGUGUAGUCCAGUGAAGAUGAAUUGUGUGAGUUGUAUAUUUUACUGCAUUUUAGUUUUGAUAAUGACUUUUUCCCCUAAUGUAGAAAACAGCUGAAAUCUGACUUCCUUGAGCAAACACUAGCAUUGGUGAGAGUAAAACUAUACCCCCACCCCCCGUAAGUCUUGUUACAUUUGAAAAGGAGCAUAAAAUCCCCCUCCCCCCCGGAAGUAGAUGAGUAGGAUUUCGAAUGUUGUGUAGAAAAACUAUACAAUAACUUUUUUUGUAUUUUAAAUUACAACGUGAAAUAUGCAUCAGGCACAAUAUUCAAUCUAGAUUCCAGUCGAAGGUUGCGGGGUGGGGGUGGGGGGGAG